GAUAAGAUUCGACUGAAACAAUUGCGAGCAAUCAAUUAAUAGUCAGUGCAGUCAGAACUUGCUGAUACGGUUACCACCGCUCCCAGCGCCCACUGCCAUUGGCAGUUAGUUCAAAUUUGAUUCGCGCUGUGUCAAGAGUGGAAUUUUAGUUAAAGCCGCGCACUGGAAGUGACUGACUGAUCAGCUCGUGCAAGCAGCAUGCUUCGAAACGGCUAUGAGAAUGGCUCUCAGCCCAGUGAUAGACACAAUGGCGCUUACGAAAGAGAGGAAAUUAAGCCCACCUAUUCACUGGAGCACUUGGCCACAUUCAAAUUGAAAAACGAGGCCGAAAUGAAGCAGCCAAAGGAGAAAAUGAAACUGCUUAUUGAAUUGGAUAAGACCGGCGGCAUCUGGCCCCAUAAAAUGUAUAUGAGUUUCAAUGGCCAGUGGCUCGUCAUGCUCGACAGUGAAAUGAAGGAAAUUGAAAAUUUCCCAGGCAGUCUCAUAUCGGAGCCGACCGCCUUUAUCAGUGAAGAUCCACAGGAAACCUACCAUAACAUCUUGAUAUUCUCUGUGCCGGGCAUUUCCCUGGGCAACACCGAAAUGCAUAUUUUUCAAGUAUCUGAUGUCAAUGCCGUACAUUUGGUGGAAGAUUUGCGCCAGCUGAGCAGUGGCUCUCCAGUCACAGUGGAUCGCAACAAGACGCCCAUUCUGCUGCCCAAGCCCGAUCGCCCUGGCAACCAUCAGGCCAAGGAUCAAUUCGGUAUCGCAGCUGCUGUGGCAGGCAUCGCCGCGGAGAAGAACGCACAAGAUCGCGAGCAAACCGAGAGAGAUGUCCAAGUGCUCAAUCAUUGCUUUGAGGAUGUUGAACGGUUUAUCGCUAGACUGCAUUAUGCUGCUGAGGCAAUGCAUGAGCUGGAGUCCCGCAAGAACGAGCAUAAUCCACAUGGAGAAGGACUUUUGGUGCUGCGUUCACGUCCACCCAUCGAGAGCGAGUUUUAUGAUAUUCUAGCCAAAAUCAAGCUGGGCCUCAACUAUGCAGUCAAGCUGCAGAAUCAUUUCACAAAGGGCGUCGAUCCCGUCAACAAUGUGUUCAUAUCACUGCAGACCAUUGUGACUGUCUGCAAUGAUGUCUACAAUGGCAUGCAUUUGCCAGAGAGCGUGGUGAAUCCGCUGCUGCGUCGGGAGACGGUUACCUUUUUGAAUGGCACACUGGACUCUGGCAAGAAGGAGCUGUGGUACAGUCUGGGCAACAAUUGGACAGUGCCCAAGGAUCAGUUCAAGGAUCACAAGGGCUCGUACCAUCCCAUAUUCUAUGAUGACUGGUCACCUGAUUGGGUGGUGGACGAGGAAGUGGCGUACUUGGCGCCAGCAAUCAAAAAGCCACAAACGCCAGUACCCUCGCCCAUGAUGGUACCGCCCAGUCCACAGCUCAAUCGCACAUGGCUUAGCCGCCUGGAGAGCCGCAAUGUGCAGAUUGCCGAGGUGGUGUACAAUAAGUCGGCCACCAAUGAUAAGGAACUCAAUGUAGCCAAGGGCGAAUACUUGGAGAUCAUUGACGACUCUCGCAAUUGGUGGAAGGCGCGAAAUUCUGUGGGCAACAUAGGCUAUGUGCCACAUACAGUGCUGCAGCCCUACAACUUCGAGCACAGACCACGAGAUACCGACUCCCUGUCUUCCAUGCCUAUGGAGAUUGUCGAUGCCAAUGAGCCGCCAAUCUAUCGCAAUACAAUGGCGCUGUACUCACCGCCCACGGAUCGGGAGUCCAUGCAGUCGGUGGGCACUGCCAAAAACAUGCCACGCUCCUACUCAAUGCCCAAUGUGCCUGUACCGCCCCCCAUGCCGCCACCGAGCGAGAGUCAAACACCCACACCGACUGGCACAAUGAAACGCAAUAUGGCAGCUGCCGGGGCCAUGGCAGCCAUGCGCGCUCGCAACGACUGUGAUGCCGAUGACGAUGCCUACAUGCUGCAGGAGGGAGUUAAUGAAGAGCUGAAGAUGAUGCUGAUGCAGCGACAGCGUCGCAGGGACUUGGAGAUUUUGAAAACACCUGAGAUAUACAUAAAUCAAAACUCGAAGCCCAAGGAGGUGGAGGAAUGGCUGCGCGGCAAGGGCUUCUCGGAUGUUAUUAUUAAGCGCCUACAUACGCUCAGCGGAGAGGAAAUCUUUGCGCUCUCAUCACACACCAUCGAAAGCUACUUUGGCCAGCGAGAGAGUCGUCGACUCAUCUCACAAAUUGUGCUGCAGAAGAACUUCUGCGAGUACAAAACCAUACGCUCAUCUGAGCUAUCAGCGAAGUUAGCACGUGCUAGGCAAAAGGCCGAUCAGUCCAACAAUGAUACCGAUGAAAUUUUCUAAACCAAAGUUCAAGUAUUGAUGUGAGAAAUUUGAAAAGUUUUUCAUUUACAUGGCAUAGAAUUAUGACAUAUA